ACAAAUCAUUUAAAAAAAACCCUGAGCUUAAUUUCGAGUAAAUAAACUUUAUUUACCAUUCAACUGAAUCUCAUAUUACACAUAGAGACCAGCCAAGACAAGACAAACGCUUCUCCCUCACUCACCCCCACCAACCAAACCAAACCUGUCACAUAGAGACUCUUCCUCACGCCACAACACUAAUCAUCAAAUCAAACUCAAAGUUAUGUAAUUAUGUUAUGUUCCCUUAACUCAUUUUGGCUCCAUUCACAAGCCAUGGCGUGUCUAACACCCCAUUGCAUUUAUUGUUACAUUUACUAUUUUGCCACUUAAACAAUAACACUCCUCUUCAGUUCUUACCCGUUAGUUCCUUGCUAGUUUCACACGCUUGUUCAUUCAUUUCAACACCCGCUUUCUACGCUAACCUGUUUUAUAUAUUUCUUCUCAUUUUCCCAACAGAUUUUGCUCUUUUCUAUUACCACCUUUCCGUGUCUUUUUCCCUUUUUUUCAAACUUUGUCAAACAAUAUUUUAUUCUCCGGAAUCUCUCUUACUAUACUAUUUUUAUUCAUUUUGUUUAUUUUAAUCCUUAAGUUAAUAUUUUUUUUAUAAUAAUGUUAAAUCAAAUGUCAAUGGAAACAGAAUAGCUACCACAUGGUUUGCUUUGCUCUAUAUAGGAGAGAAGAAAACUUGUUGCUUCAGUUGGAUUACUCACUCAUUGGAUUGCUCUCUCUGUUCUUCACUCUUGUUAGGGACCUAAGGAGUGUAAUAUAAUGAUGAUGGAUGGACGGCGGCAUUCUGUCGAUUUACCGAUUUCUAAGGCUCUUGUAGCAUUGAGGAGAGUCAGGUCAUUGAAGGAUCCAUCAACUAAUUCUGUGACCAAUCAUUCUCCUUUGAUUGACAACUUACAUUGGGAAAACAGUACUGGCAAUGGUUCUUUGAUGUUUCCAGAUGCUUUUGAUUCUGAUGAUAACCUUGCUAGUUCAAGGCAUUUAGGAUUUAAAGGGGGAAGAGAGCUGGAUGCUACCAGUUUGGAAUUGAGUCAUGGACUGUUGAAUUCAAGACCGAAUCGACGAAGUGUUUAUGGAAAUAAAUCACCUAGUGAAAGCUGUGGUAGCAACCAUGGUGGUAAAGGAUUGGAUAUUAAUGAUUUCAAGGAUGGGGGGCUGUACUAUCGAGAAAUUGGAAGAUCGUCUAAAUUAGGGAGAAUGGAUCACGCUAAGCCAGCUAGAAAACUUCUACGCAAGAAUCAAGUUAAACCAUCUGAUGUGGUGGGAGAUAUUGCUAGCAAUUUGAGCACUCCGUGCCCUUGUGUUCGCAAUGCUUUAUCACCCCAAGGUUCGUUGGCACUUGUAAAUAAAGAUUUUGGUGUUCUAGAUAAUAGGGAAAAUGGAUGUGGAAAAAACUGUUGCCUGUCAAAUUCUCCUAGGUUUAGAGAAUCAAAUCUUUGUUUUGAGAAAGAAGACCGUUCCUUGAUAUUGAACUGCGUUGAUGACACGGAUCUUCAUGGACAUAGAAAUGUGAGAGACAAUGGCGGCGAAAGUAGUCCAAAUUUGGAAACUCCUAGAAUGUUAUCUAUGAAAUUCAGACCUCUAUCAUUUGAUGAUUUGGUGGGACAAGAUAUGGUAGUUAGGUCUCUUUUGGCUGCACUCUCUAGUAGAAGGAUAACAUCAUUUUAUCUCUUCCAUGGUCCACGUGGUACCGGCAAGACCUCUGCCUCAAAGAUAUUUGCUUGUGCACUGAAUUGCAUCUCUAAUAAGAAGCAAAGACCAUGUGGCCUGUGUAGAGAAUGUGUUUUAUUCUUUUCUGGAAGAAGUAAAGAUGUUAAGGAAGUGGAUUCUGUGAGAAUCAAUCACACAGACCAGGUUAAAUCCCUUGUUAAGAAUGCGUGUACACCUCCUGUUUCCUCUCGUUUUAAGGUUUUCAUUAUUGACGAGUGCCAGUUAUUGAACCCCGAGACAUGGGCGUGCCUUUCAAAUAACCAAGAUAACAUUUCUCAACAUGCAGUUUUUGUGAUGAUAACUACAGAUUUGGAUAAGCUUCCACAAAGUGCAGUUUCCCGGGCUCAGAAGUAUUACUUUCCGAAGGUUCAAGAUGCUAACAUUGCUUGCAAAUUAGAAAAAAUUUGUACAGAAGAAGGUCUUGAUUUUGAACAGGCUGCUUUAGACCUUAUUGCUGCAAGAUCCUGUGGUUCUGUCAGGGAUGCAGAAAUUAUGCUUGAUCAACUCAGUUUGCUUGGUAAAAAGAUCAAAAUUUCCUUAGUUUAUGAGCUUACUGGGAUUGUUUCAGACGAUGAAUUGCUUGAUUUGCUUGAUCUGGCUUUGUCACCUGACACAUCAAAUACUGUUAUAAGAGCUCGCGAGCUGAUGAGAUCAAGGAUCGAUCCUUUGCAACUUGUGUCACAGUUGGUGAAUCUCAUAAUGGACAUCCUUGCUGGGAAUCAUGAAAAUGGUGGUGAUGAAGUCAGAAGUAAAUAUUCUAGUAGAUAUACUUCGAAAGCAGACCUUCGGAAACUAAGCCAUGCAUUGAGAAUAUUUACUGAAGCCGAGAAACAGUUAAGAAUUUCGAAAAAUCAAUCAACAUGGUUCACUGUAGCUCUACUACAGUUAAGCUCUGCUGAUUAUCCUUCCACAGAUGCAGAUGGUAACAAGUUGUCUCUGGGAGGUGCAUGCAAUGGAGAUGAGCUUGGGAAGAACAUGGAACAUUUUGAUGCAGGUAGUUGUGAAAACAAAUCAUUUAGACUAGUGGCGCAGGAGGAUCACGAAGGAACACUGGAUGCCAUAUGGUAUAAAGCUACCGGGAUAUGUCAAUCUAGUAAACUCAAAACUUUUCUCAGGAGGAAGGGAAAGUUGUCUUCACUUCUUGUUGAUCAAUCUACAUCUUCUCUUGCUAUUGUGGAGUUGGAGUUCGGUCGUCGCCACCAUGUAUCCAAGGCUGAGAAAUCAUGGAAAUUGAUAGCAAGUUCCUUGCAGUGCUUGUUGGGUUGCAACAUUGAGUUGAGGAUCAUUGAUGUUCCUCUCAGUACUUCUAAUUCACCAAAGAGGUCAUCUUUCAACAUCUUUAGCUGUUCGCGCAGAAUACAACAGACAUCCAAUGAACAAGAAAGUGAAAUAGACUAUGCUGAUUACACCUCUGAAAAUCCCAUUAUGAAGAAUAAAACACUAUCUUGUUCUUCCUCCUACUGUGGAUCUCAGAUUCCGCCACAAAAUUCUUAUAACGAAACGGAUCCUGUAUCGAGUCUGAGGAGUUGUGAAGGGAACUUGCUCAGCUCACGAGAAAUAUUUUUGAACACGUCUAUGCAUGAGAUUAUGGGAGCAUCUUGUUCUGGAGUUGAUUCUUCCAAGGAAGAGGGACACAAUGGUGUACAUUUAGUUCCAUCACUCCCCAAUUCAGAUAAUCGGUCUAACUGUUUUCCUCAAUCUCUCUGGUUUCAAAAGAAGUUCCGUUCUUCAUAUUCCUCCAACUUGUCUUUUCAGGGCAUCUAACCAUAGAAAGAUUAUUUUUUCUUUCUACUGGAGUUGUGCAUGUUCUGAGACACACAUAUACCUGUGCUAAUUGAGAAUAUGUUGUUGAUUUUUUGUGCACCUUACUGCUACUGUUUGCAUUAUUAAAAUUAUUGAUGAUGCUUCAGUUAUUAUUUAGUGACAACCUAUUAUAAUAGGAUAGAAUCAAUUCACUUUGCAUUCAAGUGUUUGAUACAAAAACAUGGAGAUUGAUAUCAAAUUUUGAAAAUUUAUUAAGCAACUAGGAUUCAUCUUAGUGUGUUAAUCUACUUGCAAGGUCAAGCAUUAUUGGACCACAGGUCAAUAGCACUUAUUUCAUGGACAAUUUUUUUUUUUGGAGUACAUUUCAUGAACAACAUUGUAACUGCCUGUCUGGUUGGUGUAUACGGAUGAACGUGCUUCCUGCCUGACUUGGAGCAAGAAUAAUUGUUUUUCUUUUUUGGUACAAAACUUGUAUUAUUAAAAAGAUAAUUUGUCUUGUCCCCUACUAGGGAGGAUAGUGACCUUGCA